AUGACCGCCCGCCUGGUCCUGAUCAUCGGUGACUUAUUCAUCCCCGACCGAGCCCCUGAUCUCCCGGCUAAGUUCCGGAAACUUCUCACCCCGGGGAAGAUUGGCCAGAUCCUGUGCCUGGGAAACCUGACCGACCGCGACACAUAUGAGUUCCUCCGCCAGGUAGCUCCGGACCUGCAGAUGGUCAAGGGAGACUAUGAUGUGGACUCCCCCAACCUCCCGCUUUCGAAAAUUGUCAAUCAUGGAAGCCUGCGCAUAGGCUUCACUCACGGUCACACCGUCAUUCCCCCAGGCGAUGCCGAUGCCUUGUUGAUUGCGGCUCGACAGAUGGAUGUCGACGUUCUACUUUGGGGUGGUACACAUCGGUUUGAAGCAUUCGAGAUGGAAGGUCGCUUCUUCAUCAACCCCGGCAGUGCGACUGGCGCAAUGAGCUCAGGCUACUGGGCCGACGGCGAAGAGCCCACGCCGAGCUUCUGCUUGAUGGACAUCCAAGGCGAUGUUCUGGUUUUGUAUGUCUACCAACUAAAGACGGAUGCGAAUGGCGUCGAGAACGUGUCGGUCGAGAAGGUUUCUUAUCGCAAGAACCACGCCCCAGCCCCAACCCCAGCCUCGUAA